GGCUGUCUGGUUGUCGUCGUCGUCGUUGUAUGUAGCGCAUACGCACGCAGAACAGCAGCAGCACACGGUUUCUCGGCGGUGAUAAGAAACAACAAUAAAUAACCGCAAGCAAGUAAACAAAGCAAUCAUUGCUGGGGAACGGUGACUUAAUCAAAUUAAAGGUGUUUACUUUCUUCGGGACCCCCCAUCACUACCGUCCAACACGUCGCUGUGGCUGUGUGUGCAGAAAAUUCGUACCGUGCGGUAAAUGAUAACAGAGCGCAAUAGGUGUUGUUACACAGUUACACAGCUAAUCAGUUGGUGAGCAUCAUUCAACGCAGCAUCAGUGCAAAAUCGUGCCGGGGUUUUUGUGGGGGAUCGCCCUUACUCAUUGAUCAGCUGUGAUAAUCGCUCGUUCUCAACAAAAAUCGAUCGCAUUCCGCUUAUAACAUCCUUUUUCGUCCCUCUAGAAUCAUCGUCAACUCCUCGAUUAAGCCACCAUGCUACUGCGCAGUGCGCUCCGACGCCUUACCCUCCACCGAACCGCCUUACCCUCCACCCCAACGGCCCUUCGCACCUUUGCCUCGAAAAGCCGUGAAGUGCCGGCCCUCACCUGCGAUCGUUUCCCCGUCCAGCGUGGAUCCUUCGCCGAGCUGACGGACGCCGAUGUGGCGGUGUUUCGGGGCAUUCUUGGUGGGCCGGACUCGAGCCGUGUAAUUACCGCGGAAGAUGAGGUGCAGAACUACAACAUUGACUAUUUGCGUAGUGUGCGUGGCUACGGGAGGGUUGUGGUGAAGCCACGGACCACGGCGGAAGUGGCGGAACUGAUGCGCUACUGCAAUGAGCGUCGUUUGGCCGUUUGUCCGCAGGGCGGCAAUACGGGGCUGGUGGGUGGUUCGGUGCCCGUGUUCGAUGAGGUUGUCCUAUCGCUGCAGCUGAUGGACACGAUCGAGCGUAUCGAUGAGUACGCGGGCAUUGUCGUGUGUCAGGCCGGGUGUGUGUUGGCGUCGCUGGAGGAGCAGGUCGGUGCCCGGGGGUUGGUAAUGCCGCUCGAUCUCGGUGCGAAGGGUUCGUGCCAUAUCGGUGGGAAUGUGUCGACGAAUGCGGGCGGUCUGCGGUUGGUGCGGUACGGGAACUUGCACGGAUCCGUGCUCGGUGUUGAAGCGGUAACGGCUGAAGGACGCGUCCUCGAUCUGAUGUCCAACUUCAAGAAGGAUAACACGGGCUACCAUCUGAAGCAUCUCUUCAUCGGCUCCGAAGGGACGCUCGGCAUAAUCACCCGGCUGUCCAUGUUCUGCCCUACCGCGUCCCGUUCGGUUAACGUUGCCUUUCUCGGGCUGAACAGCUACGAUGAUGUUAAGCGAACCUUCCUGGCCGCCAAACGUGGUCUCGGCGAGGUGUUGUCCUCGUGCGAAAUGAUCGAUGCACCGUCGCUCGAUAGUUGUACCCGGUUCUUUGGAUUGCAAUCGCCGAUCGAGAAGUAUCCCUUCUACAUGCUGAUCGAAACGUCCGGAAGUGAUGCGGGCCACGAUGAGGAGAAGCUGACGCGCUUCCUGGAGCAAACGAUGGAGCAGGGCCUGGUGGUGGACGGUACGGUCACGAACGAACCGACCAAAAUGAAGAACAUCUGGAAGCUACGUGAACUGAUAGCGGACAGUCUGCUGAGCGAUGGUUACUGCUUCAAGUACGACAUUUCGCUCCCCCUGGACCAGUUCUACGAUAUUGUGCUGGCCGUGCGCGAGCGUGUCGGUGAUCUGGCCAUCAACGUCACCGGGUACGGGCACGUUGGUGAUUCGAAUCUACAUCUGAACGUUUCCUGUGCCCGUUUUACGCCGGAAAUCUACGGUCUGCUUGAACCGUUCGUGUAUGAGUACACUUCCAAGCUGCGCGGAAGCGUUAGUGCCGAGCACGGGAUCGGCUUUCUCAAGCGCAAGUAUCUACACUACUCAAAGCAGUCGGAACCGCUACGGUUGAUGCGCCAGAUGAAGCAGCUCCUCGACCCGAACGGCAUACUGAACCCGUACAAAGUGCUACCAGCGGAAUCGCCAGAUCAGGCGCGGUAGAACAGUGGAUCAAUUCGCGGACUGGACUGCUCACUUAAUCGGAUGUCGGUAGACGGGUUUACAGGGUUUAACCUUAUUUUGUAAAACUUUUAUACAAACUGUUGCGAAAAAAAAUGUUGAUGAAAUGUAUAUUUUGCUAGCCAUACAAUAAAAUGCAAGAACUCUUUUA